AUGGCAACAAUGUCUCGGCAGUUUGGUAAUCUCCCUUCCACCGCGAAGGUCGCUCCAACUCCGUUCACCGUCUCGAUUCCCAAGACACAAUUAGACGAACUGAGGACGCUGAUAGAGCUUUCAAAGCUUGCCCCGCAUACAUACGAGAACUCGCAGGUUGACGCAAGAUAUGGAGUCACUACCGACUGGCUGACCACUAUGAAGGAUCAAUGGCUGAGGUCUUACAAAUGGAAAACAUCCGAAGAUCGAAUCAACACUUUUCCGCAAUGGACCACAGAGAUUGAGGGACUUACUAUUCAUUUUGUGGGCUUAUUCUCGGAAAGGCGGGAUGCAAUUCCCAUACUCUUGUGUCAUGGAUGGCCAGGAAGCUUCCUUGAAUUUCUACCUAUUCUGGAGCUUUUCCGGAAAGACUACACGCCAAGUACCUUACCAUACCACCUAAUUGUGCCUUCUCUGCCAGGAUAUGCUUUUUCAUCAGGUCCACCACUAGACCGCAACUUUGGCACUAUGGAUGUUGCGCGUGUUUUGGACCAAUUGAUGAGGAAUAUUGGAUUUGAAAGUGGCUACGUCGCUCAAGGAGGCGAUAUUGGGAGUCGCAUUGCCAGAGAAUUGGCUGUGGACUAUGAAAGUUGUAAAGCUGUGCAUCUCAAUGUUUGUUUCAUGGGACGGCCCGUGGGUAUGACGGACGACCACCUAAGUGAUAAAGAGAAGAUUGGCAUUCAAAGAUUCGACAACUUUAAAACUUUGGGCUCUGGAUAUUUGACCGAGCACGGUACUCGACCGAGCACCAUCGGCCAUGUCCUUUCGGCAAGUCCAAUGUCACUAUUGGCAUGGAUCGGUGAGAAGUUCUUGGAAUGGGUCGACGACCCAGUAUCUCCGGAGCAUAUCCUCGAGUCGAUCACUUUGUAUUGGCUUACAGACACAUUCCCUCGGUCGAUCUACACUUAUCGCCAGAACUUCCCGCCUGUGCCUAUUCCUGCCGCGAAUGAUCCUCGGUGGUAUAUCCAGAAACCGUUCGGUUUUUCGUCUUUCCCUAAAGAACUUGCUCCACUACCUCGCUCUUGGAUUGAAACCUCGGGUAACCUAGUCUAUUGGGGAGAGCACGAAAAGGUACGGCAGAGAAUUGAGAUCAACUGGAAUCGGGUUCAAUGCAUCUCUGACAAACUAUACCACCAGGGCGGACAUUUCGCAGCACUCGAGCAACCCGAAGCGCUGAAGACAGAUCUCGUCCAGUUUAUGGACCAGAUAUGGCCGGGGAUUACAGGUAAGAAGUGA